GGCACAAGUCGGUGCCUGUCAGUUCGCCUAGCCGAAGCAAGCAGCGAGGCCGCGACGGGCUGGCAGCGGAAAGGCAUCGCGUUCUUGUUCUUUCUGGUGCUCACACACAAGGAAUUGGUCCCCGUUAGUCACGCCAGACCUCUUCUUCAGCACUCGACGGACGGUUGCAUGCGUUCACCCUAUAGCUUGAUUGACCAACAACCUCAAUAACAACCAGCUGAGCGUGUCCGAUGGCCAGGGGUUGUCCAGCUUUGAGCAGUCGUCGACGUGCAACCCGAGUGGCCGGCAGCAGGGUCGCAGGUGGCCCUCUCAGCUACUGUACUUUUACUCAGCAAUGAGUUCGGCAAUGGUAGCACCAUCCCUGCAGAACGGCACUUCCUUAGACACAAAGGCAGCAAUCGCAGCAGCAGUCAAAGCGGCUUCCCAGGCGGCUCUCCAGGAAAAACGCAUUCAAGCGAAAGCAGCUGGGCGGAGUGUGAGCGAGUGCAGCAGCGGCAGCGGAUCGAGCGUCAACAAUAAUAACAACAACGACACGCUCAACCACAACAACAACCCUUUACCUUCCACCCCGGCAGACCCACCCUCGCAAGAAGAGCUGGCGCUCCUAGCGAAACUCCAGGAGGCCAACAGGCUCAUCGAGACUGAUGCCAAGUCCCUCAACUCCCUCUCGGGCAACAGCACCCACUCGAGGAAGAGUUCGGACACGUCCCAGAUUUCAGUCACCUCUGGCACGAGCUCGAGCCAAGAACGGAAUGGCGAGGAAGGCGAAGAGGACAGCUGGACCGUCUGGGGCCAGGUGGCCAACGACUGGGACAACUGCUGGAAGAAAAAGAACCAGUUCGUCAGGGAUUUGGUGCGAAAAGGUGUUCAGCACCAUUUCCGAGGAAUUGUGUGGCCCCUGCUGUGUGGGGCGCACGAUUCGCCGGUGAAAAAGCAGUAUGCAGACUUCAUCAAGGCGACGUCCGCCUGCGAGAAGGUGAUCCGCAGGGACAUCGCACGCACCUACCCGGAGCACGAUUUCUUCAAGGAGAAGGACGGCCUCGGACAGGAGAGUCUCUUCAAUGUGAUGAAAGCCUAUUCUCUCUACGACCGAGAGGUUGGCUACUGCCAGGGCUCUGGUUUCAUAGUCGGCCUCUUGCUCAUGCAGAUGCCUGAGGAGGAGGCGUUUGCCGUCUUAGUCAAACUGAUGCAGGAGUACCGCAUGCGAGACAUGUACAAACCGACCAUGGCGGAGCUGGGCCUCUGCAUGUACCAGCUCGAGAACCUUGUGCAGGACUUCAUUCCGGAGCUCCAUGGUCACUUCCAGUCGCAAAGUUUCCACACAAGCAUGUACGCCAGCUCGUGGUUCCUCACGCUCUUCACCACCGCACUCUCGCUGUCCGUCGCUUGCCGAAUCAUGGACGUGUUCCUUUCGGAAGGCAUGGACAUCAUUUUCAAAGUCGCCCUCUCACUCCUCACCAUAGCCAAGGACGAUUUGCUCAGUUUAGACAUGGAAGGGAUGCUAAAGUAUUUUCAAAAAGAGCUCCCACCAAAAGCCGAAUCCGACGUCGAGGGUCUGAUGCAAAUGGCCUAUGGCAUUAAGCUGAAUCCGAAGCGAAUGAAGAAACUUGAAAAAGAUUAUCAGAUUCAAAAGGCAAAAGAGCAAGAAGAGACUGUCGAGCUUAGGAGACUGCGCACAGAUAAUAGGUGUCUAAGGCAAAAAGUGGAGCUUUUGGAAGCUGAAUCGGCCGAGUUAGCUGACCGGCUUGUUCGUGGUCAGGUUUCUAGAGCCGAAGAGGAGGAGGAGAGUUUCGUCCUUCAAAGGGAACUCGCAGCUCUGCGCCACGCCCACCUCGAAACGCAGCACAGACUCGAAAUGGCCCAAGAGCAAGUGAUCCACACUCACAUGCUGCUUGAGGAAACGCUCAUUGCAAAGCAAGACGCUUGCGAAGAGUCAAAAUCGGCUGUGCAGGCCUUGGCUCAGAAGGAGGAGUUGCUCGGAUGUCUGCAGCAGGAGCUUGUCAAAGUGCGCUUGAGGGAGGCGGAAAAUGAAGCUCUGAUUAGGGACUUAAGAGAUCAUAUCUUGGAGUUGGAAGAGGACAAGAAAACUCUUCGAGAGGCAACUCCAGACAAUUCGGUGGCUCAUCUACAGGAGGAGCUGAUUGCAGUCAAAUUAAGAGAGGCGGAGGCGAAUUUGUCUCUGAAAGACUUGCGCCAGAGGAUCAGUGAACUCAGCGCCCAGUGGCAGCGUCAUUUGCAGGAACACAAGCAGGAGUCUACACCUGCUGCUGACAGCACGCCGAAGAAGCUUUUGUUCUGGGAAAACCGCGGCAGUGACAUGCAGAAGGUCGAAGAGGAGCUGAUGACAACCAGAAUUAGGGAAAUGGAGACUCUGGCUGAACUUAAAGAGCUCAGGCUUAAACUGAUGGAGCUGGAAACUCAGGUGCAAGUCAGCACAAACCAGCUCAGGAGGCAGGAUGAGGAAAAUAAACGGCUUCGGGAAAGUCUCGAGCAGGACGCGCAGAGGGAACGAGAACACCAUGCUCGGAUGCGCGAGCAACUGCACCGAUAUUCAGAUCUUGAGUCGCAGAUGAAGGAGCAGCAGAUGCUGGCCAGAAUCAGGGAGGCCGAAAACACCCAGAGUGUUGCCGAACUGACGCAGAAAAUCUCACGAUUGCAAAUGAAGAAUGAGGAAAUGGUGGCCGAAGGAGAGUUGCGGAGCCACAGUUUGGAAGCCGGUGACCAGGUCAGGGCACUGCAGGACAGUGUUGCUGAACUUAAGGCAGAGGUCUUGAGGCUAGAAGGCAAGCGGUGGAGUGAAGGUGAAGAAGACGAAGCAGGCUGCACUGGCUCGAAGUUGAAUUUGACCACCUCAUCCGAGAGUGAUGCCGAUGAGCAAUUGCGUUUAUCAAGUUCUGAUCUUUUGUCGUAGUCUCUCCCAAUUCAGCAGAGUUUCUCGUCAUCUUCUUUGUGCAGCAUUUUUAAGAUGAAUGUAGGUGUAAAAUUUAAGAAGUAUUACCCCCUGUGAUAGAUGAUUGAUCAUUAUGUAAUUCGAUUCUGUAGCAGCAAGAAUUUAUAAUUGGAAAAGAAAAUAUACUAUAGGCCAUCUUGAUCUUUGUGAAUGGCUCUUAUUAAUCGAUUGAUUGAAAUGACGGUCAUUUUUAUACAAGCCCAUUUUGCAUCUGCGUAAAUGUAGCAAGUUAACAUAUUAUUUUUGUUGCUCACUUCAUUAAUUGUACGUGUAUUUUUAAUUGUGUAUUAAUUAUUACUCUCGAUAAUUGUUUAUCCAUGUUAUGUGUACGCAUUUUAAAUUUUAUUAUUUAAAAUAACUUUCAUCUUGAUGCAACUAUUUAAAUAUAAAAGAUCUUGUUUAAUCUUUGACCAUCUUUGACAUUCCCAUCCACGACGCGCAUUCAUUUUCUCAGUGGUUGCCAAAUUCAGUAUAAUAAAGGUCGUUAGAUUUUAUAAUACUUUUGGAAUAUGGAAACGAUGCCACUUUUUUGAACUAACGGCUGGAUAUGGAUGGUGCAUCUUAAAACUGAAGUUACAAAAUGCAUUUCUACUUAAUCUGUGUAUGACGGUUAAUUAAGUAUCACUCACAUCUUUUGACAAUGAAUGAUUGCAUUCUUCACACUGAACUGUGUAUUCUUCCAAUACGCUGAGAGAUCGUGGAAUACAUUCGUUAAAAAUGAAUUGCUGCAUUUUCACUCUUGUGUGCUAAUAAGGAAAAUGAUAAUUUAAUGAAAAUGCUAUGUACUUAGUUGUGCAUAUAAAGAGAAAAUUUAUAAUAGCACUGGGAAUUUUAUUUCAACGUCCUCUAAAAUUAUGAUCCGAGCUCCGAGGCUAAAACAGUUCAUGACCCUAUAAUGACAUAAUAAGAUAACGCCUGCAAGACCAAAGCUGAUUUAUUUCAAUUUCUGAUUUCAAUCCAUCAGCAUUCUGCGCAGUAACUUUUUAGAAAAUAAUUAUUCUGUAUUUUCCUGAGGUAUGGCUCGUGUAUAUCAAAUCCUGUGCAUUCUUGGAAUCGCCUCGGUGUGGAAAGUUGGCGCAGAUGAGAAUUUUGCCGAGAAAAUUGCAAAAGCUCUUGAUGGGAAAAACGUUCGCGAGGCGGUGGACAUCAUGGCGGGCGUCGAAACUUAUCCUCUACGUUUCGUCACCAGAGAUGUCUACCGAAAAGAUCGUUUGCAAUUACUCAUUGAAUGUGGUGAUAAACUCUCUUCCAAUAACAGCCAAAAAUCUCUGGCCGUUUUGGAGGAAACUUUCUUAAAAAUGGCGACCUCGGAAGACGGAGAGUUAAGAUCGAACGAACUGCUCUACCUUUACUACGCAGCGGACCGAGGAUUUCGCAUUGCCGCAGAAAAUAACGACAUCGAUGAUUCUCUGCAACAGUCUUUCCAAAUUAUGAAAAUUCAGCUCGAGCCUCACAAAACGUGGGUGAUAACUUUCAAUAGGAUUUUCUCGCAUGUGCCGAAAUUCAGCAAAGUCCUCGACAGCAUCGCGCGCUCCUCAAAAGCAGUGGUGCUAAAUAUGUACCUGGACGAACUGACCGUUGAAUUGAUGGUUCAUCAAAAACUCAACCUGAUUCCGUACUUGUACUUCAUGGAGAACAGGUGCUUUUUGGCAGACUUGAUUUUGAAAAAAUAUCUCAAGGGAAAUGAGUCGUCGGAGGACGCGUUCGCCCUGUGUCUUCUGAUGAAAGAACACACAUACCGUUUGGGCAACAUGAAAGAUUUCAAUUCCAAGGAUAAGUGCUUCUCCACCUACGCCACUUUGGCUGGACCAACAAUGGCUCGAAUGCACGAGUUCUUUGAGGCGGUGGACAGCAACAAGACCGAGGUGCUGGAAAGGUUGCGGAAAAAAUAUCCGGGAACUAUGAAAUUAUACGAAGACCGCGCUUCACUUCCACUUUUUAUUGCGUGAUUCGCUUUUGUCCUGGUUUUUCUUUUGGACGCCCAAAAUGGUAUUAUUUGCGGUUUCCUUUAAAAGAUAAAUAAAAGUGGGAUUAGAGAAAUAAUUGGUUUGAUUUCUUUGAACGAAAAUGAGCUGACGAGUGUUUAAAUUUAUAUAGAUUUUUAUUUUUUAUUAAUAAAUAUAUAAAUUUCACUUUUAAAUUUUACGCUGCAAUUAAAAAUGAUCAAAGCGAGGAUCACUUUUUGAAACCAUCCAAACUAUUAAGGACGAUCACAAAAGAAAAACUGAAGAGCCAUAGAUUAAAAUUGAUGCACGCGCCUGCAAAAAAAAACAUUUUUAUAAUUUAAAUUAGAUAUUUUUGAAAAAAAUUUACUAUACCUCCACACGUCGGCAAACUUAUUUGAUCGUUGGUCACGUCUGGGCUCCACGUUCCGUUGGCUUGGCAAACACCGGUCAUUUUCACCGCUCCGUCCACGUCACAUCGAUACGUGACCUCGGCGCCGACUUUGUAGCCGUUUAGAAUGAGACAUCCAUUGUUCAAAGUAGAGUUGGCGCGAUCGAAAGUGAACCCUUUUAGUUUUUCAGGCACGUUUGGGCAGUUCAUAGCAUCUGGAAUAUGUUUCAUUUAAAAUUAAAAGCAAAAAAAAAAAAUAAUAGCAGUAAUAUCAAUUAAUAAUUACCUUGCUCAGGUAAAUACGUAAAAAAUUCCACUUCACUGCCAUAAAUUAAUUUUGUACAUUUCAGGUAUGAGCCUGUUGGGUGGUCGGCAAACUAAAAGAAAGUAAUUAAUUUAUAAUUUCCAGUACUUAAAUUAAAACGUAAUUAAUAAGAAACAAGUUAUAUCUAACAAUUUACAAAUUUUUUACGUGCAGAACAGAAACUUUAAUAAUAUUUAAUUUUAAUUCUCUUUUUGGUACUAACCCAUAUUGUGGUGUUGUAUUCGUAACUAAAAGUGCCGUCGUUAUUUGUGCCUGUCUCAUUAAAGCCGCGAAUCACCUCCGAUUCAUAACCAUUCGAUUCUAAAUACAUUUUGCAAUAUAAGCCUAUUGGGCGAGGGUAGGUCGCUGGUAAGUUGAGUUGCACGUGGAAUUGACAGGUUUCAAGUGAGGUCAAAGCCUCGUAGGUCGCUCCUUCGUUGU